UUCACCUCUUGUCUUUUAACUCCUUUAAGGUCUUGCCUUUUCUUCCCUUGCUGGUGGGAGAUAUCGGGGUAAAUAUGUUUCUGCUUUUUUUUUUUUUAAGUUAUACGAGCAAUUAUGCCAAAAAUCUUUACCUUUUAAUAAACAAAUGAGCAUGCAACUCUUCUUGAUGAGUUUCCAGGAACAACUGCUUUCAAUGUAGGUAAUAGGAAGCCGGAUAAAUAAUAUAUUAUGUUCAACAGUACGGGGGUCUUCAGAGUGGAGUUUCCGAAUUCAUUCAUUCAGAGCAAUUGCUGAAAAUGUUUUCGGAGUGUAAUUAGUCAUGCUCAUUCCUGUUUACCUCUGUUUCAAAUGUCAGCUUAGCAGGUAAACACUGUUGGCUGUGAACUCUAACAUCAGCUAACAUUACUUUGCAUUCCAUAUGAACGGAUUCACUCCUCACUUACCCCUGGUCACAGUUCGUUAUCCCUUCAGUCUAGAGAGAAAUGACAGUCAGAGGACAGAUGCCUUGAAGCUGUCAGUGGUCACUAAGCAUCUCCACGAAGACAGUCGAUUGACAUUCAUCAGAAACAGGAUGGGUACAAUUCCUAUGUUCACCUUUUAUAUGAGUCCGAAGUGUCAGGGGGUACAAUUAAAUUAAAGGGGGUAGGGGGAGUAAAUGCACGCAGUCAGCAGUUGCAGCAUUUAUUGUCUCUGCUGCAUUAAAAUCCAUAUUUUAUGUGGUGUUAAAUUAAUGCAGCAUGCUGGCAAGUCUAAAUGAAUGUCCUCAACAAGUAACUAUUAUAGCACUGUACGCAUGGGCCAGAGUCUGCAAGUGUUUUCAUGCCACCACAAUAAAAACCAAGUAUCUCUUUACUAUGGAAAGGGGAGAGGCUAUAGGUAUAAUCAAAGACAAACAUCAUUUUAAAACUGACCUAUCAUCUCUUGCUUUCAAAAAAGCAGAUCUCUUUCCUACAAUUUUUGGUCCUUCAUUCCAGUAAAAGCUUCUAUUAUCCAAAGCGGCACAUGCCUUACUUCUCAGCUUUUCUUUGGAGAUGCCUCUUUCUUCCUCUAAUUUUUUUCUCUUGAAAAAAAAUCUAUUUUAAAAAUAAUCUGUCCCUGUGAUGCUGCUGACAACUGUUAUACUUCAAUGCAUAUGUUAGGAGUCUCUCUCUCUCUCUCUCCCUCUCCCUCUCUCCACCAUCCCCCUCUCUGCCUUUCUUUUAAAACGUAGUUACAAGAGCUUCACUGUGGUGAAUAGCACUUGGCAAGAGUGUGCUCAUUUUUUUUUAGGUCUGGUAUGGUGAGGAUUUUUAAUUAGUGGAACUUUCAUGAAAACAUUAUGUCAUUGUCAGAGCUGUAUGUUCAUUUUUAGUUACAGUGAGGAAGGAAAAGAGAGCCUGUGCUCUAGAGAAAUGGGAAAUGAUAAGUUGCAUGGGUAAUCUGCACCCUGGGGUGGUAAGUGGGGCACAUAUGUAUUCCAUGUGCAGUGCAAGAGGAAAUGCUGGUUUAUUUGGCCAGAGAGGAGCGAAUGGAUUGAAAAGUGAGCCAAUGUGAACAGCCUGUGCAUGUGGCUGAGGGGCACGUCAAUUGCAAAGCAUCCCAAGGGUAAAAAGCUCUUGGAAAUAUGUACAUAGCACUAAUGAAGUCUUGGAAACCAGUCGAGAUCUGAUACCAUAAACUGGACUACUUUUUCAUCAUCUGCACUGGAAUUUUUCAAGAAGUAAACUAUGUCAAUCUAUUCGUUCUUGAGACUGUUUGUUCUCUGGGCAUGCCUGCCCCAAUUCUGCUGUCCAGAAUUAACGUUCAGAAGGACUCCUGGGCUUCAGCAAAUGACUGCAGAAUCCCAUGUCCCUAGGGGUGAUGGUAAAAUCCUUCACCGUCAAAAACGUGGCUGGAUGUGGAACCAGUUUUUCUUACUGGAAGAAUAUACUGGAUCUGAUUAUCAAUAUGUCGGCAAGCUUCAUUCAGACCAAGAUAAAGGAGACGGAUCGCUCAAAUAUAUUUUGUCUGGAGAUGGAGCUGGUACUCUUUUUAUUAUUGAUGAAAAAACAGGUGAUAUUCACGCCACAAGAAGAAUUGAUAGGGAAGAAAAGGCCUUUUAUACUCUGCGUGCACAAGCUAUUAACAGAAGAACUCUGAGGCCAGUUGAGCCAGAGUCAGAAUUUGUGAUCAAAAUUCACGAUAUCAACGACAAUGAGCCUACAUUCCCAGAAGAAAUUUAUACAGCCAGCGUUCCUGAAAUGUCUGUUGUAGGUACUUCUGUGGUGCAAGUCACAGCUACAGAUGCCGAUGACCCUUCAUAUGGAAACAGCGCCAGAGUCAUUUACAGCAUACUUCAAGGGCAGCCUUAUUUCUCUGUGGAACCAGAAACAGGUAUCAUAAGGACAGCUCUACCAAACAUGAACAGAGAGAACAAGGAACAGUACCAGGUGGUUAUUCAAGCCAAGGACAUGGGCGGUCAGAUGGGGGGUCUGUCUGGAACCACCACAGUGAACAUCACUCUCACAGAUGUCAACGACAAUCCUCCUCGCUUCCCCCAAAACACCAUCCAUCUGCGAGUUCUUGAAUCCUCUCCAGUUGGCACAGCUGUGGGAAGUGUAAAAGCCACCGAUGCUGACACGGGGAAAAAUGCCGAAGUGGAUUACCGCAUUAUUGAUGGAGAUGGCACAGAUAUGUUUGACAUUAUAACUGAGAAGGACACACAGGAAGGCAUCAUCACUGUGAAAAAGCCACUUGACUAUGAGAACCGAAGACUAUAUACUCUGAAGGUGGAGGCAGAAAAUACCCAUGUGGAUCCACGUUUUUACUAUUUAGGGCCAUUCAAAGAUACAACAAUUGUAAAAAUCUCCAUAGAAGACGUGGAUGAGCCUCCAGUUUUCAGUCGAUCCUCCUAUCUGUUUGAGGUUCAUGAGGAUAUUGAAGUGGGCACAAUCAUCGGUACUGUAAUGGCAAGAGACCCAGAUUCUACUUCCAGUCCCAUCAGAUUUACUUUAGAUCGCCAUACUGAUCUUGACAGGAUCUUUAACAUUCAUUCUGGAAACGGAUCACUUUAUACAUCAAAGCCACUUGAUCGUGAACUAUCUCAAUGGCACAACCUUACCGUCAUAGCUGCCGAGAUCAAUAAUCCUAAAGAAACAACUCGUGUGUCUGUUUUUGUGAGGAUUUUGGAUGUUAAUGACAACGCUCCACAAUUUGCUGUGUUUUAUGACACAUUUGUAUGUGAAAAUGCCAGACCAGGACAGCUGAUACAGACAAUAAGUGCAGUUGACAAAGAUGACCCCUUAGGUGGACAGAAGUUCUUCUUCAGUUUGGCUGCUGUGAAUCCUAACUUCACAGUGCAAGACAAUGAAGACAACACUGCCAGAAUUUUAACCAGAAAGAAUGGCUUCAACCGUCAUGAAAUAAGCACCUACCUACUGCCGGUAGUGAUAUCUGAUAAUGACUACCCCAUUCAGAGCAGCACUGGCACCCUGACGAUCCGUGUUUGCGCCUGUGACAGCCAGGGCAACAUGCAGUCCUGCAGUGCCGAAGCCCUGCUCCUUCCUGCUGGCCUCAGCACUGGCGCCUUGAUCGCCAUUCUUCUCUGCAUCAUCAUUCUGCUGGUUAUAGUAGUCCUCUUUGCAGCCCUGAAAAGGCAACGGAAGAAAGAGCCUCUGAUUUUAUCCAAAGAAGACAUCAGAGACAACAUUGUGAGCUAUAACGACGAAGGUGGCGGAGAGGAGGACACCCAAGCCUUUGAUAUUGGAACCCUGAGGAAUCCUGCAGCUAUCGAGGAGAAAAAGCUGCGGCGAGAUAUCAUUCCUGAAACGUUAUUUAUACCGCGGCGGACUCCUACGGCCCCGGAUAACACGGAUGUCCGGGAUUUCAUUAAUGAGCGCCUCAAAGAGCACGACUUGGACCCCACUGCGCCUCCCUACGACUCGCUGGCUACCUAUGCCUAUGAAGGAAACGACUCCGUUGCUGAAUCUCUGAGCUCCUUAGAAUCAGGUACCACUGAAGGAGACCAAAACUACGAUUACCUUCGAGAAUGGGGGCCUCGGUUUAAUAAACUAGCAGAAAUGUACGGUGGUGGUGAGAGCGACAAAGACGCUUAGCCUGGCCCCUGAGCUCUGUUCAACGAGAUACGUAACUUUGCAGACAUUGUCUCCACUUCACAAUAUUUGAUAUUCAGGAGAAAAAAUUCCUGCCACUCAGCACAAGUUUCCCACCUAUUUCUUAAUUUGUUCAUUAAUUAUAUUAAUUCCUUCCUGUAGAAUGUCUCAUGGGAUAUAUACGACAUUUUAUUUAAUCACUUCCAAGAGCCAAAGCUAUGGAAAUUCAAUGUUGCCCAUCUUAGUAAAUAAAAGAAACCCGAGCAGGAUAGUUCUCCCUUAAGCAACCUCACGAACAAGUCGCUUCUGUUAGAUACACGUCUUGCCCUUGCAAAUGAAGCUUUGAAAAGACGAAGAAAACAUUUAAGAUGUAUCCUGUUCUGUACAUUAAGUUUAAAAAAAAAAGUCCAUGUGGUGUUAGUAGGUGUGAUAUGCAGCCUGGUAUACGAACAUUCGUGCAAUUUCAUUUCAUCAAAUUCUAUCUGCUAAUGUUUUAUAUUUAUAUUUUUGUAUUUAUUUUUUAAAAAAAAUAAACCAGUUUUUACAACUA